UUGAAUCUAAAUUUUGGGUAAAAUAUGUGUUACUUAUCUAAAUAAGAAAAUCGUAUCUAAAAGAAAAACUGUCGUCGAGUACACUUUCGGAAAUAAUAUCGUGUACAUUGUCGGAUACAAUGUCGUCGUUCCCAAUAAUGUCGUUGGAUAAGACUUAGACGAUUUACAUUUUGUUAAUUGUGGGACUACCAUAAUAUUUUCUGAAGGAAAAGAGGAUGCUACUACAGUGGAUAUUGAAUAGUUCAUUGAUAUGUUUGGUUGCUAUUUUAGUAAAUUCUGAAAAUACGACCGUUCCAGAAUCAAAUAAUUCUAAUGAGUUGCAGUCAGUAAUUGUUUCAACGAUUUUGAAAAAUGAUGCCGUAAACAUCACCGAGUCAUUAAUUGGUGAUAAAUCAAAGAAUCCCUCUGGAGCGGCACAUGUCAUAGAGCAUUCACAGAUUGUUUGCUUUGAUAUUGAUUCGACGGUGAUCCGGGAAGAAGGUAUCGAUGAAUUGGCCAAGUUUUGCGGCAAAGGUCAAGAAGUAGCCCGAUUAACAAAAGAAGCAAUGAAAGGAACAGUAACAUACCAAGAGGCGCUUCGACUACGUUUAAACAUUAUUCAACCAACGCAACAGCAAAUUCGGGAAUUCCUCAAAUCACAUGCAACGUCAUUAUCAUCAGGCAUUCAGGAGUUCGUUGACCGAUUGCGACAUGCAAACAAAACCAUUUACUUAAUUUCCGGGGGAUUUCGGUGCUUAGUCGAACCAAUUGCUGAAGAGAUUGGUAUUCCUUUCGAUCAUGUAUUUGCCAAUAUACUGUACUUCCAUUACAAUGGCAGUUAUGCUGGGUUUGAUACCAAUCAGCCAACAUCACGAACGGGUGGCAAAAGUGAAGUAAUUAACACAAUUCGACAAUCACUGGGCCAACAAGGGAAUGUAAACAUAACAAUGAUUGGCGAUGGUGCUACCGACCUUGAAGCCGCGCCGCCAGCCAACAAUUUCAUCGGAUACGGCGGCAAUGUCGUACGUGAAGAAGUACACAAACGUGCAAAAUAUUAUAUUAUUGAUUUUCAACAAUUGUACAAAAACCCUGGUUUAUAUCGCACUCCGUAUGCUGAUUAAAAUUGUUGACUUUAGAUUUUUGAAAA